UGCUUAGGGGAGCCGUAGUCACCAGCGAUGCUUCUGGCCGGUUGUACGCAACUGUGCGGUACUCUGAACGCGUUUCUGGGUUCGCACAGUCGUCGUUUGCAGCGUUUUUGGCGCGCCACACACAAGCUUGCCUGCUUUGCUAGUGUCUUAGGCCGCUAGCUCACGCUUUUUUUGCGGGCACCCAGGCGUCUCAGCACCACUGCAUCACCGGCUCCUUCCGCCGUUGAGAGCUUUCGCACGAAUGUCACAUCGUCCGUUCACUUUUGGUCCCAAAAAACGUCGGUCUGCUCGUACGAGCUUGUACGCGCGCCGGUGCCACCACUGCCCGAGAGACGCAGGCGCAGCGCCCGCAAACAGACGGACUGCCCCGACGGACGGGGCUGUACGUGGACCUGGGGUGUCUCCGGCUCCCACUGAUUCCGGCCAAAAAUUCGCACCUCCAGUCGCCCGACGCCGUACGCGACCAGCCAUAACACGCCCACCGAGGCCCACGCUUGACGCCGUCGACGCGACCAUGAUCGACUUUGACAUCUACGAGGACUCCGACGCCAAUAAGCCGCGGCGGCGGCGCCGCAGCUCCAGCAAGAAGCGCGUGAGCUUCGGCCACCGCGAGUUCCUCGACGCAAAAGAAAAUCUAGUGAACGUGGAGCAGAUCACGCCGCUGAAACAGUCGACGCCGCCCGUGCGACGCGCAUCGCGCGCGGUGCUCGCGCACAUCGGAGGCGCGAAGGCGAAGCUCUUCUCCGCGGUGACGCCGGCAGCGCGGCGGCGGCGGCGCCAGGAGAAGCGCGACGCCGCCGCGGCUCAAAAGGCGCGGCGAAGGAGCGAGGAGCCCGCGGUGACGUCGACGCCCCUGACCAACUGCUGCUCAGUACCUCCGCCGUCGCCGCCGCCCGCGCCCCGCGUUGACGUGCCGCGACCGUCGCCGCCGCCCGCCGCGCCGGUGCCCGACUCGUCCGAGGCGACGCCCUCGGAAAAGCUCGCGGCGUUAGCGGCCCAUGAACGCCUGCGGAGGGCAAAGGCGGGCCUCGACGCGUUGACCGGGCGAAGGCGGCAUGCCGAGCCUACCCGCGUCGACGCCGUCGCGGAGCUCCUCAUGGCCUGCUCCUGCGCGCCGCCCGACGCGGUCUCCGCGGAUCCGACCGACGCGUGCGAGGAGCUCGAGAUCGAGCAGCCGGAGUCGCCGGGGCCGCCUACUGCGCGGCGCGUCUUUACGCCGUCGCCGCCGCGGUGUCGUGUAAGUGGGGAGUGAUACCAGGAUAGUUAGUAUGAGCGCGGUCCCGCGGUGUAGCGCGCCGCAGGCGGCUGUCGCUGAUAUUCCACGAGAGCGCUCUACUGAGUCCUCGGAUGCCUCCCGUGGGCUUCGCGCGGAGUUGGAGCAUGCGGCCGUCUCGGCCGUCGCGACAUUUGUUUCGCUUUGGCAGCGUGCGGACCUCCGCGAGAGGGCGGCUAAGCGAGCUCAACUUUCGCAUUCGUCUAUCGCGACCUAUAUCAUCGACAUUGACGCGAACCGCUAAGAGAACGAAGCGCGCCCUGUCGAUUUGCGAAAACUGCCAGGAAGGCUGGACAAUUUUGUCCGCGCGGCGUACGUGAACGCGCCGCGCCAGACGUCCACAGUCAUCAAGACAACUCAAAAAUAUUUGGCGCCGCCAUCAUGCGCGCCCUGGGGCUCGCGGCGCUCCUCGCGGCCGCCGCCGCGGCGCAACCGACCGACGGCGCCUGCUGCAUCUUCGACGAGUACACGACGUAUGCGGACCCCUGCGCCUGUCGACAACAGGACCUGUAUCAUGAGAUAGAAGCGGACACGUGUAGCGCCGUGCCCGGCCUGGAAUGGUGCCCUGAUUAUACAGUAACGUACCCGCCCACCAUCAGUACAGUAUCGUCGACGACGUCGACGCUCGGACCGCUGGAGCUCCCCAAACAACGCGUCAUCCUGAGCUACAAGGCCCCGCAGCGCCUCAAAGUAGCGUGCAUGGGCGACUCGAUCACGGAGGGCUCGAAGUCGACGCCCGGCAACAACUACCCGUCCCAGCUCAACAGACUCCUGUGCGGCGGCGUCCAGUGCGUCACGCAGGAGUCUGAGGCGGUCUGGACGGUCGACAACUACGGGGUCGGUGGGAGAACGAUCCGCCAGAACAAGUGCUAUUGUAGAACUGACGAGUACGACGAGGCGUUGCGUCCAGUGGCCCCCGCCCUGGAUCUGUUGGUAGCCCUGGAAACAUUUUAA